UGGCGUCGCGAGUUCUUCUCCCCCCCACCCCCCACCUUCUCCUCGCCAGGGGUCAACAAGCAAGGACGGGCGCGGGCGGGGGAACUUUCUAGCCCACAGCCGGAGCCAGACCUAGCGUUCCCGACCUGCACUGGCACCUCUGCUCGCUGAGAUCCGGCUGGCUCUCCAGCCCCCCCCACCCCACGAAGUGAGGGUCAUUGGUUCGUAGCUCCAGGCCUGCAGGUGGAGAGGACCUGCCUGAUCUCCCUCCCCCUCCCCGAGUCACGCUGUGCCCUGCCAGCUGCCGCGCUGGACAAGUCACCCCUCUCACGUGCCCCUUCACCCGCGCGGAGCUAACUUCCUCCGGGACUCCACUGGGAGACUUCUCCCAGAAGAGGUGCCCCGUCCCACCCCCCUCCCCAGUUAAAUUUCACUUGAGAGUUUGGAGUUUGAGGUGUCAUGCAGAAAGAGUCAUAAGAUUCAGCACCCGUUCGAUUAAAAAAAAAAUUCAUGGUCAGUAGAGCGUUUGUGGAGAAAGUGAAAUAAUAGUAUACACAGGAGAUACGAUGGCUGAACAUGGGGCUCAUGUUACGACUGCUUCUGUGGCGGAUCAUCAGCCAUCCAUCUUUGAGGUGGUAGCGCAGGACAGUCUAAUGACAGCUGUGAGACCUGCUCUACAGCAUGUGGUCAAGGUUUUGGCAGAAUCAAAUCCUGCACACUAUGGCUUCUUUUGGAGGUGGUUUGACGAAAUCUUUACUCUGCUAGAUCUUCUGCUCCAGCAGCAUUAUCUGUCUAAAACCAGUGCCUCUUUUUCUGAAAAUUUUUAUGGCUUAAAGCGGAUUGUAAUGGAGGACUCUCACAAGUCUCAGAGAUUAGCCAGUGCUGGUCUACCAAAGAAGCAGCUUUGGAAGUCAGUUGUGUUCCUGGUUCUUCUUCCCUAUCUCAAAGUGAAGCUGGAGAAGCUGGUGUCUAGCCUGAGAGAAGAGGAUGAAUAUUCUAUUCAUCCCCCCUCUUCCCACUGGAAACGAUUUUACAGAGCCUUCCUAGCAGCCUACCCAUUUGUUAACAUGGCUUGGGAAGGCUGGUUUCUUGUACAGCAACUUAGCUACAUCCUAGGAAAAGCUCAGCAUCACUCUCCUCUGCUGAGACUGGCUGGAGUUCGGCUAGGCCGACUAACAGUUCAGGACAUUCAAGCCAUGGAACGCAGAUUGGUUGAGGCCUACAUGAUGCAGCAACCAGCCAAGAGCAGUGUUCGUGAGAAAAUAAAGUCAGCUCUGAAAAAAGCUGUGGGAGGUGUUGCCUUCUCCCUUUCCACUGGGCUUUCUGUGGGUGUGUUCUUCCUGCAGUUUCUUGACUGGUGGUACUCUUCAGAAAACCAAGAAACCAUCAAAUCAUUGACUGCCCUGCCUACUCCACCACCACCUGUACACCUCGACUACAAUUCUGAUUCCCCACUGUUACCCAAAAUGAAGACUGUGUGCCCACUGUGUCGUAAAACCCGGGUGAAUGAUACUGUUCUUGCCACUUCUGGCUAUGUGUUUUGUUAUCGCUGUGUGUUUACCUAUGUGAGGAGUCACCAAGCUUGUCCCAUCACAGGUUAUCCAACAGAAGUACAGCAUCUAAUUAAGCUGUAUUCCCCUGAGAACUGAAAAGAUUAGCAAAUUAUCUCACAGCUCAAGUAUUGUACUAUAAAGCUACAGGGCUGUUUUUCAGUAUGGUACACAACAUUGAUACCUUACCCAGUUUACAAUUAAUUUUAAACAACUACAUGGAUUCCUUUCAAAGGAUAUGCCCACUUGAUCCUAACCUUUUAGCCUGCUCUCUAGACCCCCAACUUACAGUGAACCCAGUUAAAGUUGAAGCCUCAAGGUUGUAGGGAAUGUGAGGGCCAUCUACCGGUUGAUUAAAGAGGAACAAGAGAUAGAGAAGCUCUCUGGAAAACCUCAGGUUGGACUUUAUAAAAUGGGUGGCUAGGGGAAGCAGGUCUUCUCUUUAGAAAACAUCUCUGCCUAGGAGGUGGAGGUUUUAUUACUUCCAAAAUAAUAUGAAACAUGGACAUGCUCAUUACAAAAAUAGUAAGAACACUUUAGAAAAAAAUUCCUUCCAUAUUCUUGUGAAUGAUAUCUACAGUUUAUUAGCAUUUGAAGAUUCCUUUACAUUGAAUGUUUACAUAGGCAGUACUUUAAAAUUUUCAACGUGAAAGUAAAGCUAACAAUGAAAAGAUGACAUGAGAUGCUUAUCUAAUGAACUCUUAAUGAAUGAGACCUUUUUCU